UUUCAGGAGCCGUAUCCCGGAAACUGGGCCAAAUAGCUCCAGAGGGAGCGAGGGAGAGAGACAGCCAGCUGUUCAGCCGGAGCACAGUCGCGAGUUGCAGCCCCACACCACACGCCUGGCGCUGGUGACCCACUGUCGACAAAGACUUACCAAGCCACAUCAUGGAUGUAAGUCUUGACUGUAGAUUCAACAACCUUAGCUGGCAACAGAUUCAGAGCUUGGAUCAAGUCUUAACAGAGGUAAUACCAAUUCAUGGAAGAGGCAACUUUCCCACCCUGGAAAUAAAGCCAAAAGACAUAAUUUAUGUAGUGAAGGAUCGGUUGGAAGAGAAUGGGAUUACAGUCCAUGACAUUCGUCUCAAUGGCUCUACAGCAAGUCACAUCCUUGUGAAGCAAAAUGGAACAAGCUAUAAGGACCUUGAUGUUAUCUUUAGAGUUGAGUUGCUUGGGGAAGAAGAGUUCCAAGUGGUAAAAGGAGUAGUAUUAGAUUGUCUCCUGGACUUUCUACCACAAGGUGUUAAUAAAGAAAAGAUCACAGGACUUACUCUGAAAGAGGCCUAUGUUCAGAAAAUGGUUAAAGUUUCUAAUGAUCAUGACCGAUGGAGUCUCAUUUCCUUGUCUAACAACAGUGGGAAAAAUGUUGAGCUAAAAUUUGUUAAUUCCCUACGUCGCCAAUUUGAAUUUAGUGUAGACUCUUUCCAAAUAAUUCUAGAUUCACUGUUACCUCUCUUCAGCUGCCCAGAAGACACUAUGACAAUGGAGUCUCAUCCAACUGUUGUAGCAGAGAGCAUGUAUGGAGAUUUCCAAGAAGCAAUGGAUCAUCUGAAGUACAAACUGAUUGCUACUAGAAACCCUGAAGAAAUUCGAGGUGGAGGCUUGCUCAAAUACAGCAAUCUCCUGGUUCGAGAAUUUAAACCAGCAUCUGAUGCAGAGAUCAAAAGCUUGGAGCGUUACAUGUGCUCGAGGUUUUUCAUUGAUUUCCCAGAUGUAUCUGAACAGCAAAGAAAGAUUGAAUCCUACUUAAGGAACCAUUUCAUUGGGGAAGAGAAAAACAAGUAUGACUACCUGAUGACUUUGCACCAAGUUGUGAAUGAAAGCACCGUCUGUCUGAUGGGACAUGAGAGAAGACAGACGUUGAACAUGAUCACCCUUUUGGCUCUCAGAGUACUUGGUGAACAGAAUAUCAUACCAAACGCUGCUAAUGUCACGUGCUACUAUCAACCUGCUCCUUAUGUCAGUGACCGGAGCUUUAGUAAUUAUUACAUAGCACAUGGACAGCCACAGCUUGUGUACCAGCCCUAUCCACUCCACAUCAAUAUGCAGACUGGUAUGGUUUAGUUUUAAUCUGAAUCCAAAUGUCAGACUUUGAACUACACCCGAGCUUUUAGGUCUCCAGAGAUCUGAAGGAAGAGGAAGGCCAUAGCCCACUAAGUGUGCUGCUGUUGACUGGGGACAUAUGCCAAUUUAAGCUGACCUGCAAAUGAAUAACAAAACUAUAUGUGUGCCACAUGAAAAACUUAAGUGCUCAUUCAGUACAAAGUAAUCUAGCAACUGAAUAAGCACAGACAGGAUUGUAAUGGCAGGGAUUUUUUUCUAAAAAAAGCAACUGUUGAACCAAUACAGAUAUAGAAAGAUAUAUUAUUAACUUAAAUUAGAUCAUCUGAAUUGCAGUCCAUUGUACUUGUGUUUUGGUGAUUGUGGUUAAGAUGACAAACACUUUUCCAAUGAAAGUGUAGUUAGCAAAGUGCAUCUGUGAUCAGAAAUACUGAAUGCAUUGAGAAUAACCACUUUGUACUUGAAUUGUUUUGGUUACAUAAGAGUAAUUUGCAACGCAAAGUGCAUGUAGGAAACAUUUCUUAAAUGUGAAAUGAUUGUGUGACCAAGAAAACAUAUAUUAACCAAAGAUUCUUUGUAAAUAAUGCAUCACCCAAGUGCCUAUACUAUGUAGAUAGGUCAGUAAAGCUAUGCAGGAUAUGCCAUUUGGUUCUCAUUUGGACUGAGAGUGAGUAACAAUAGCUUGCAAGGUCACUGCCCUUAUCAUAGAAUCAUAAAGCUUGGCAGCUCAGAAUUCAGUCCAUCAUGAUUAUGCCAGUAAUAUGGACACAAUGUAAUUUCCACAAGCUAUGUUAUAAUUUUAAGAUUGUGUUAUCUUGCAAUUGAUUUUGUCAUUUCAGCUGUACUCCUUACAAAUCCACUUGUCAACUUCAGGGAAAUUAAUCUGCUCAGUCGAAGAGCUAAUUUCAAUGUUCCCCGGGAAUGGCACAUACAGCAUCAUUAUGUUUUACCAAGACAUAAAGUCCUGCCAAAUCUAUGCUGGAUAAAGCGUGUGUGUUUGAUGCUCAGGGACAGUUGCCAUUCAUUUAUAUACACUUGCCAAAAAUAUAGAUCACUCUAAAUCCAAGGAGUGUUUCUCCUCAAUAUUACAAUGUAACCCUACAACAAGCUUUCUAAUAUUUUUAUUUAUGAAUUAAAAGGCCUCAUCCUAUUACAUUUAAUGGGGACUGUGUAGCCCAAAAGAUGAAAACAGGUGCUAUAUGGUUGCAGUGCUGAUGAGAAAUUCCUGUCGAAAAAUUUUGAUUUAGCCUGAUCCUAAUCAAUGAAUAGGAUAAUUUAA